AUGGGCAGACGUUGCAUUGUCCUCUUUGGUCUUGCAGUUUUCAUUCUGCUUCAUAACCAAACUUCACUUGCUACUGAUGAAGCUGCUCUUUUUGCACUGAAAUCACACAUUUCUUCUCAUCCUAACAACAUCUUAGUUAGAUUGGAAUCACUUGCAGCUCCCGCCACCAUCGAGGUCAGUAUGGAGAUUUGCCAGCAGAGUUACGUUGGCUCAUUUGAAGAGGAGAGAUCCCUUGGUGAUCUUCGUUACUUGACUGUCCUAGACCUGCAAUUCAAUCAGCUUACUGGCCCUAGACCACCAUCAAUAUUUAACAUUAUGACAAUGCGAGUGAUUGCUCUUACCAACAACUAUAUAAAGCUUCAAAGAUUGUCAUUGUCGUUCAAUGAAUUUACUGGAACUGUACCAAGAGAGCUAGAAAACUUAACGGCUCUUGUAACAUUAUUUUUUGGACAACAACUCUUGGAAGGAAAGAUACCUGUGGAGCUAGGUAAUCUUAAGAAACUACAGAAGCUGGGAUUAACCGAGAAUGAGUUUACUGGUUCGGUCCCUGCAAGCAUUUUCAACAUAUCAGUAGUGCAGGCAACAAAAGGAUUCAACGAAACCAACUUGCUUGGUAAUGGGAGUUUCAGCAAGGUCUACAAAGGGAUACUUAAAUAUGGUACCCUUUUUGCAGCAAAGAGAUUAGAUAUAGUGAUAGAUGUUGCAUCUGCAAUGGACUAUCUCAACAAAGGUCAUUCAACAGCUGUGGUGCAGGGGAGGCUUUUGUUUAAACAACAACAAUUGCAACCAUUGGAUAUAUUGCUCCAGGAAACUUUUAUAAUCUUUUUCACUAUUAUUUCAGAGUAUGGACAAAAUGGAAUUGUAUCCACAAGUUGUGAUGUUUAUAAUUUUGGCAUCCUGACGAUGGAGAUGUUUACAAGAACAAGACCAGGUGAUGAAAUAUUUAUCGGAGACUUGACCAUACAACGUUGGGUUAGUGAUUCUUUUCCAGGUGAAAUUCGUAAGGUGGUGGAUUCUAAUCUGGUACAGCCACGGGAUGAGAAAGUUGAUGCAAAGAUGCAGUGCUUGUUGUCUAUCAUGGAAUUAGCUUUGAGCUGCACUUUCGUGACACCCGAUGCAAGAAUUAGUAUCGAAAAUGCUCUUUCAACACUGAAAAAGAUUAGGCUCCGGUUUGUCAGUAGUUGGCACUUGGUGGAAUUGGACCGGCUACUCUUGUAUGCUAUUUGA